AUGUUGGAGAUGAGUCGAGUUCUGAUAGCUGCUGUGUCAUUUGCUCUUCUAGCUUCGUCGGCGUUGUUACCGGUCUCCGAUGGCGCGAAGACACCGUCGUCGACGCCGAGAAAGGAGGAUGUUCCGUACGUUAAGUGUCAGGUGUGCGAGAAACUGGCCUCGCGGCUACACCAGCUAGUGAAGGAGAAGCAAGAACAGAUCUCGCCCAAGAAGAUCUCGGAGUAUGAGAUCAUAGAGAUUGCUGAAAAUGUAUGCAACUUGAAGAAAGAGGAAGCUGAUUGGAUUCUCAAGAUUGACAUUGUGGAGAAAGGCGAUAAGCUUCAGCUGGUUGAACAAGAAGAAGAAGGGAUGUGCAAUUCUGAGUGCAAGACGAUCGAGGCUGCUUGUCAAAAGGUCAUUGGUUACUCAGACACUGAUGUUGCAGAGUAUAUGUACAAGUCUAAGCCUGAUCUUGUUUCACUGAUAAAUCAUCUUUGCAAAGACCUGACCGAUGCUUGUAGCAAUAACCCGCCUCCUAUUCCCAAGGAUCGGGUUCCUGGAGAACCAUUUGUUGCAAAACCAUCGAAAGAUGCUGAAAUGGACAAGAUCAUGAGAUCUAUGCAGGGUAUGCCAGGAGCACCUGGCAUGAAGGUAUACUCUAGAGAAGAUUUAGAGAAGUACAAAAAUAACUUGGGGAAAUUAGGUAAUGAAGAUGAGGAUGAUGAAGAUGAUGAAGAUGAGGAAGAAGAAGAAAGUUUUCCAAAGAACUUGGGAAAAGCUUUUACAGAGAAAGAGAGUAAAAAGGAAGAAUGGACAAAGACAAUCACUAAGGAAUUCAAGAAGAAAGGUGAGGUUCUGAAGAGACAUGCACAGAAAGUGUCGAACCGGGUCCGGAGAUGGUGGAAAGGAGUUAAAUCCUCUUCUUCAAAGAAAGCUAAAUCUGGAAAAUCUGAGCUAUAG